UCCUUCCCCCCACGUCCCCCGCUUGAUUUUUUUCGCUUGACGCGCUCGCCGCCCCACUUCAUUCGCCCAUCCUUUGCUCCACCUUACUCUUUCUUCAACAAAUCCCAUUCCCCAACUUGCGCCAUGCACGCUUCCACCAUCUUUGUCGCUAUCUUUGCUGCCCUUUCGGUCUCCGUCAGCGCCCGUCCGGUAUUCGCGCGCGACGGCGAUGCGUUCGGGGUUGACGUCAACUGCCUCGGGUUUAACUAUCUCUUCGGCGGCCCACAUCACACUCCCAACAAAGUUUCCGCCCGCGAGCCUUCAGAAGACGAUGCAGAGUUUGAGGACGACUCGGCCAUCGAGGACCCGGUUGACGAUGUCGAAGAUUUGGAGUAA